UUUAAUCGGAAUUCUGAAGGAAACGAAAUGAACUUCCAAUUUUGCAGAGAUCUGCAGAUUUAGAGAUGUCGGCAAACAGCAGGAAUUCGAAUUCAAUGAACUGGAUGAACCGUAUGGUUUCCGAGCCGUACUACUUGCUCCACUUUCUACUGUUCUUCUCCUACAUUCCCCUACGAUGCUCCGCCGCCAACAUCCUCUCCCCUCUCCGAUCAGCUCAUCUUCUUCACCGAGAGACACAAGCGCUGCUUGCUUUUUGUGUUUUAGCCGCUAUUAAGGUGACAAGAAGUGAAUCAUGGGAGGCUUUUAUAUCCGAUACCUUAUUUCAUGCAAAGAUUUUCCUUGCUGCUAUAGCUUUGGUCAUGGAUUAUCACUUGGCUUUGUGGUAUGCACUAGCAUUUUUGGUUAUAUACAUCAUCGCCGAACAACCUGCAUAUGGAGGACUAGGUACAACUAGCCAAUUGACACCGCUCCAGUUAGAAACAUUGCUUACAGAAGGGAACACAUCAAGAUUCUGGAUGGUGGAAUUUCGUUCUUUGUCCAUGUCCAGUUGCAUACGAGCAAGUUCUUUUUUCCCGGAACUCUCGAUUACAUUCUCAAACAAAAAUUUAUCCUUUGGAACAAUCGAUCUUGGACUGUUUCCGAAUGCUGCUGAGAAGUUUGGAGUCACCCUCGGAAGCCUUCACCAACUUCCAGCUUAUAUAUUGUUUCAUGAUGGAGCUGCUAUCUCGCGCUUACCUGAUACGGAUUACGAAGCGAAUUUUUUCGAUUCUCCUGUAUCUAAGAAACUUCUUUGCCGGCAUUUUGAGCUUGAUAAACAGCUCAUUGAUCAUAUCCAUAUUAAAUAGGUUUGAAGUGGUUAGAAUGUAAAAGAAGCAUACUUCUUCGAUAUAUUGCUCUGCCGCCCGAUAACAAGUACGCAUUCUUUUUCCGGGCACUUUUCUUUUUUUAAUUAAUCUCCAGAUUUUCAAUUUCUCUUUAGUAGGAAUGUAAGGCUUGUCUCACGAAAAAGAAUUUUGUUCAUGGGUAGAUAAUCUGCGUGAAAAAAUGGAUACAACAUUUGGGCUUUCACUUUUCCUUUCCUUCUUUGGGCUUUAUU